UAUCCCUCAAUCCGCUUCCACUGCCCACCUCCGAGCAGUGAUGCCCGGGGGAGGAGGAGCCCACCUCUCUCCGACAGGCACCGCUGCAGGCCUAUCGGACCUCGGCCGGACCCCUCCCCGUGUGCCCUGCCCACCAUGGCGGUCUCCUCUUCUAGCCCUGCAAGAGCCAAUCCGGCGACUGGGUGUAAUAAGUAGGACAAGCCGCUUCCUGGUUCUCAGAAAGGAGGAGCUGGGAGUCAAAGUGGGCGAGCGGAGGCAGAGCGCCGUGUGAGGGGGGUCAGAGCAGCCCAGCGAGCCGGCGGACCACAGAGACAGCAGGAGGAGCAGGGCAGGGGACAACAGAGCGGACAUUUGGUGAGGAAUAACCCCCCUACCGAGCGCUGAGGUGAGGACGGAACCUACCUUUAAGAAGACAAGCGCUGGGAGGUUUUAAAGAAAGGGGAAAUUAAAGCUUUAUUAGAAGUCGUCAGGGUGGGACGGAAUAAUCCAGGAAGUGUCGGUCAAGUGGGAGGCGACGAGUUGAGACAGGUGACACACCGGGACUCAGGUUGAAGAUUUCUGGCCUCUAAAGGACAAAGGAAGAAGGGAUAAUCGUACGAGAGACGGACGGCAGGCACCCAUCGUCUUCUGGGUUUAUGGACUGCAGGUGGCAAUGUCUCCAGGAGAGGACGGUCUGAUUGGGAUCCCCUUCCCGGAGCACAGCAGCGAGCUCUUGUCCCACCUCAAUGACCAGAGGAGGACAGGACUCCUAUGUGACCUCACCCUUACCUCCCGCGGGGCUCGCUACCCAACACAUCGCUCUGUCAUGGCAGCCGUCAGCCUCUACUUCCGGCGGCUGUUCGGAGCGGAAGAAGGGGGUGGCGAGGGCGGCGGGGGCUUCAGCGUUUGCCAGCUGGACUGUGUGGCCCCUGACGCCUUGGACGCCCUGUUAGAAUUUGCCUACACUGCCACGCUUACUAUUCCCAGCUCCGGGAUGAGAGAUGUGCUGCGAGGUGCACAGCUGCUGGGCAUCCAGUGCGUGGCUGAUGCCUGUAGAGACAUCCUCGGAGAGACUGGGGAAGCAGAGGGGGAGACGGCGGGGGAGCAGAGAUCCCAACAGACGACUAGUGAGAGGACAGUAGAGACAACGAACGUUGUAGAGAAAAUAUCCAGAAGAAAAACAGACAAAAAGAAGGUGAAAAAAGUUGGCUCACAUCACAACAACUUCUCACCUUUGAACCUGCUGCCCGCCUCUCCUGCCUCCCACCCUUCACCCAUAUCUGACAGCUUUCGCUCCCUGCCCCCCACCCAGCCUCCCAGUCCUGAACCAGAGGAGCUGCAUCCCAAACUUAGGCAAAAUGGGGAUCCGAGGAGCAUCCGACAACCUGGGAGAGGGGCCACACUAAACGGAGGGCUCCUUCACUGGUCACCAGAACGACCUCUUGCAGCCCACCUGCCACCUUUACAGAGGGACAAGCUGUCUGAGGAUGAUGACAUGGAGGGGUUAGGUGAUGAUAUUAUGGUGAUGGGAUCCAGUUCCUUACCUACCUCCGUAGCAGAUCGAGGGGCAGCAACAUCAGUAGUGGGAGGGGGAAGGAAGAGGAAGUCUCAAACCCCCCAGCAGUGUCCAGUCUGUCAGAAAAUUAUUCAUGGAGCUGGAAAGCUGCCACGCCACAUGAGGACGCACACCGGAGAGAAACCCUUCCAGUGCUCUGCCUGUGGAGUUCGCUUCACACGCAAUGACAAGUUGAAGAUCCACAUGCGGAAACACACAGGCGAGCGCCCCUACACCUGUUCCCACUGUCCUGCCCGCUUCCUCCACUCAUAUGACCUCAAAAACCACCUGUCCCUCCACAGUGGGGCCCGGCCCUUCGAGUGCCCCCUCUGCCACAAGGCCUUCGCCCGAGAGGACCACCUCCAGCGUCACCGCAAGGGUCACAGCUGCUUGGAUCUGCGCACUCGUCGGCCCAGGCGAGUCCCCGAGCUGGCAGAGGAAGGAGGUGAGAAUGAAGGCUUGAGGGAUCUUUCCAGCCCUCUGUCUCUACAGGCCCACUCCUCUGUGUUCUUUCCUCGCUCAGUGCUGGAAAGUGGAGGUGGGUCUGGCGGCCCUCCGGUGAUAUUCCCAGGAGGCAUCGACAGGGAGAGGUCGCUGGCCCUUCUGGCUCAACUCAACCCUCAGAGUCUGGCCAGCUACCCUGAGCUUUUCUUGCGAGGGCUUGGAAUGCGAGGUGGUAGAGAGACGGAGAGAGAAGACCCUGGAGGAACUCGUUCGCCGGCUCUGCAACGUGACAGAUGGGCCGAUGACGCGGAAGCUGAAGAAGCAGAAGAAGCAGAAGAAGCAGAAGAAGGGGAAUUGUAAAAAGACUUCUUAUGUGGUAAAGUAUCCACAAUAAAAAAAAUAAAUAGAAUUAUCUCAGGUGGCUGGACUUAUGACCUGCUGCUCCCAUACAGAGAGCACUUAAAAAAAACUUAUUACAAAAUAAAAAAAUUUAAAAAAGGAUAAACGGGUUUUCUGAGAUAUUCUGAAUGUUGGUCUUGUGGUUUUUGGCAUUUGACUUAUCUUUCUGUUAAUGUUUGCUGUUUAAGGAUUUUAGGUUUGAGUUGUCUCUUAUACUUUUUUUUCUUGCUGGUCACCAGGAUGCUUUUCGCUAUGCAAACUAAAAUCCAGGGCUUUAGAUGGAGAAAUAUUUAAAGACGUGUAUUUUUGUUGAUUCAGAUGCAAUUUAAAAAUUCAUAUCUCCUACAAGAUUGCAGUAGGGUUUGUGUCCCCGAUGUCCUCUGGUGGCUAUCAGUGGAAAUGCAGUGUAAUUUAAUCAACCUCAUUUCUUGGGUUAAAAGCAAUAGUCUUAUUUUUUGAUAGUGGUUCAAUCUUUGCUUUAUUUUGGUGCUUAAACCAAAGAUCUGCCGGGUUUUUUCUUGUUUUGCAGAAAAAGAGAUAGGGUAAAUUGUAGCCAACGUUGGGUUUGAAAAGAAGAUUCUUCCCAACUCCUUUGCAAAGCCAUGACAAGAGGGUGUUUCAGAGCCAAAGUGCUCGGGGCUGAAUGCCUGACCAAAAAGACAAAGUCUGGAUUAGUGGGUUGAUGUUGGUAAAAGAUACAUCUUUUAUCUGUCUUCUUAUGCUCUCGUUGACGUUCUUUAAAAAAUGUGGGGCAAAAUGUAGGGAUUAUUGAGAAAAUAAACACCCCUCUGCGUAUUUAUUUAUUUAUUGCUAUUUAUUAUGGCUGUCUUAAGACCACAUCCAGACCGGAUCCCAGUCUUUGUCAAAACUUAUGAGAACCUGCACUGAAGAUUUGUUUGCUCAACGACCCCCAUAUACCCAACCGCCUUGUUUUUCAAAAGGCUGAUUGUCUUCUUUUAUGCCAUUCUUCCUCAAAUGCAUUCUUUGCACAUUCAACCCACCAGGUUCUGCAGUAACACAGGCACAUUCCACCCUUCAGAGGGUAACACAGGAGGACUAGAGCAAAGACAUCAGAGAGGGGGUUAGAAAACUUCCUGGAACUGGAACACAGAGUGACUUUUCUGUUGUUAACUCAUUGUGGACAGUACGUAUCACACACUAUUACGUAGCAGUUCUUGUAGUUUGGCUGUGACUAAAAGGGGCCAUUAUCUUUUUCAGUUCAUUCAUCUCUGACCAAAAACUUCAUGCUUUCCAUGGUGGUUUUGCUAAACAAACAUUAAGGGCUUUUUUUUUUCUUAAUCAUAUUAAAAUCCAUGUAGCAUAUGUACUGUUCUGGCCUUGUAUGCACAAUAUCCUGUCCUUGCUGUUUUGAAACUCAGUUUGUUUCCAUUUUAUUUGCACUAUGAGAUUGGAGAGCUUCAAGCUUUUUUUUUUGUCCAACUUUCAGCAUCUUAUCCUUUAAUUAUCUCAUUACUAUUUAAAAUUUUGAUUAAGUAGACUUUACUUCUGUAAAGCCCUCAUACAUACUUCAUCACAUUAGUGUUUUAGUCAGACAUAAAAAAUAUAAAUAUAUACAUAUAGAGAUAUAUUGGGAUGAAGUUGCCUUAGGGUUUUUUGUGCUGCAACUAUUCUCAGGAAAUCUUGAGCAAUGCACUAAGUGAAUAUACAAAAUGUCAAAUGGGAAGCAAGCGAUGCUGAAGGGUGAUUGAUACUAUUCAUGCAAGUGGGAUUCCAGUAGUGUGAAAUAUUAUAUUUUAUAGAUUUUGUAAUGACGGAAAUCUUAUGUGCAGAUAAUAGUAAUGAAAGUAAACUACUGUCCUUGCUGGAACCUGUCCUACUGGAAUGGCAGUAGGAUGGUUUGUCCUUUGCAUGAAGGGUGUUGGUGCUCCCAGUUAAAAGCUUUGUGAGUGAAUGACGGUUAAACUGAUGUCAGCUGUGAAGCGUGUGUUUAUAUGUGAACUGUUUGGGUUUUUUUCCUGGCUUUGGUGAGGGGAUAUUGAGGGGGUACGAUCUGAAUAGAGACCCCGCUAUCAGGGAUACUUUUUUUCUUGUCUUUCAGUUUUUUAGAGGACUUCUUCUGAGAGACACAAAUUAAUUUCCUCAUGAUUUGUUUCAGAUGUAAAGAAAAUAAAAAUAUCUAAGCUUG